UUAUUUACUUUAAGCAAUUUCCACCAAUAUACUAAGCUUUUUGACAACAUCAUAAUAAAUGUACAAACAAACACACUGAGGAUUAUAUUAUUUCUUUUACUUCAUUUAUUUAGUUGAAAAUAAUCUCAGCGCUAUUUCAAUAAGCUAUCUGUUCGGUUCAUACCGUGUUAAACAACUUCCCUUCAAUUUGCUUACCGCCGAGUAAUUCAGAAAUUAUACAACGGGUAUAAUAGCCUGCAAUACCUAUCAAAAUUUAUAUUAUGAAAUCUCUUCAUCCAUUUAAACGCCAGGAUGGAAGUUUAGAGGACACAAAUCCUAAUAUGUACACCUUGCAAGGUGUCAUUCAGUAUUUACAGUACGAAGCGUUCAAAAAUGAAAGAGACAAAAAUCUUUGGGAAAUUGAGAAGGCUGAACUUAAGCUUCGAAUUGCCAAUCUUGAACGAGAAAAAGCAAGGUUAGAACAAUCGAGUACUUUUCAGGAUAGACGAAACCAAAUGUUAGAAAAGGCUUUGAAUCGAGUGUACAACAACAAAAUGGCUCCAAUAGACGAGCUUUACCCUCUUACACCUGAUCUCAAUGUUACUGGCUCUACUGAAGUCAAGUCUGAUGCUUGUUUGCGCAAAAGCAGAGAUUUCAUUAAAAAAUCUCUCCAAGAAGUUGUCUAUUUGACUAACCUGCAACCAAAUAUUCGCUGGAACACUCUGCAAGAGCAGACACUUCCUGAUAUGCAGGAAAAGAAUUUGAGUACUUUUAAUUCCGAAAAUAAUAUGCAGGACUCUUAUUUAAAAAAGGAGAUGGUCUUGAAUGAUGCUACUGACGAAGAUUUCACGCUGAAUGAUAAUAGCACGAAGCCUUUGUCUGACGAUAUGAUUAGUGAUGACUUACUCGAAGAUGAAAUAAUGAAUCCAGCUCCUCCUUCUUCAGGUGACUCGUAUUCAGCUAAGACACCAAAGGUAAUCAAACGCUCUUCUGCCAAUACCCCGUUAUACGAUGCUUUGAAUGCUAGUCAAGACGCCAUGAAUCAAUUGGAUAUUAAUGAGGAGUUUCAUUUUAAUGAAAAAUCUUUUGAUAAACAUGACAGUUGGAAACUGUCGUAUGAGGUUAUUAACUCCGCCGAAAUUACUCGCUGUGUAGCGCACGAACCUUUACCGGGAAGCACCCCUAGUUUUGCUACCGGUACCGAUGAUGGGAUAAUAUAUAUAUGGACACUUUUUGAAAAGCCAUCGGAGCACAUUGUGAGCGAAUUAUCUCCACACUUAACUUUUUAUGGUCACAAAGGUCCGGUCUUGAGUUUAUGCAUACCCAAAGCUACUCAUCAUAUUUUCAGUGGAGGUCACGAUGGAACGAUCCGAUGCUGGAAAUUGCCUGCUAUUUCCUCAAAUGAGCCCUCUUCUAUCCCCGUGACAGAAGCUACCGUGUUUGUAGGCCAUGAAGAUUGUGUAUGGGAGCUUUUAUGUUUAGAGAAAAAAGAAAAAAACCCGAUCCUUUUGUCCUUAUCGUCUGAUAAUACGGUUCGUGGCUGGAAAUAUACUGGAGAGCAAUUGUUCCAUAUUAAGGAACCUAACAAGCAACCAUUGUCUAUGUGCUUAGUUGAUGAUCAGUUAGCCAUUGCUUGGAACGACGGUUUUGUCCGCAUUUAUGAGGUAGAAAAUCAGAAACAGGUUGAUGAAUUUCUAAUUGGGGGUGAUUCUACUCUGGGAGAUCCUGCCGUCAAAGAUCGAGUUAAUAGAAUUGCUGCUAAACCGGAUUCCGAUUCUCGCCUUUAUUCAUUACAUGAAAAUGGUAUUCUUCGAGUCCACGAUUUGAAGAAAAAGGAAUGUAUAUGCCAAAAAAGUGUAGAUAACUUUGCUUUGACUGGAAUAUCAUUCGUUUCUCGCGAUUCACGACUAGCUGUCAUUAGUGCAGUGGGAAAUAUUUAUGUCUAUGGUCAAGAUGAUAGUUUGUCUCCGCUUUCUGGACCAUUGAAUUCAAAAAACAAUCUUGCUGGGAAUGAUGACUUUGAUAUCCUAUGGCUCAACAAUUCCGUGAAUGAUAAGCAAUUUCUUGUGAUCGGUGGUAAAGAGCGGAUUCAAGCAUUCAGUCAAUCUUUAGUUUAAGAUUGUCGGAAGGAAUUAGGUGCAAAUUAUGUUUCCUCAGGAAACUGUAGCCGAUAAUACAUAAAUAAAACCUGUGAGGCUCGCUCUACAAUCGUUUUUUGUCCAAGAAAUAAGUAUACUAAUUGAUUACUUCACAAAAAUGAUAAGAUAUAGACAAGGAGCAUCGAUAUACUAGAAUCAAAGGAAGCUUUUAAACUUCACGAUAUCAUAAAUGCGAAAAGUGGGAUUGACAAAAUCAGCUUGUAUAGCGAUCAUGAUAAAUGACAACUACCAAUAAAAGUUAUUAUUUACAUAUUGGUAAUUUAUAAUUCCAAGGUCAAAUAGUACUUUUAUGUACGGCGUCGGUAAUUUCAAUAUUAAGCGUUGGAGGAACAGUUCAAAGCUCGUUUCUAUUGUUUAUUUUUCUUUUGAGGGGUACUGGACAGCGAGAAAUGUUGAAGUAGACUAACGAAGUGUAAGUUUGCAAAAUAUCAAUACCAAAUACUACAAAGGACAUGUCAAUGAACCAAAUGCACACUUCAAUGUGAGAGUUAUGUUUGAUUAGAUUUUCAUUUAUUUUCUGAAGAAGUGAUGUUCAAAUAAACAAAAUAGCCCCAGUUAUUGUUGAAACGAAAACUGUUUUGUAAGUAGAGUCUUUAAAAUAACAAAGUUCAUUAUAAGCAGCUGCACUAAUAAUUUGAAGUAGAAUAUAAGAAGUAUAUAAGGAUUUGAAGCACAUGUGCGUGUUCAUCAAAUAAUAGCUUUUACGUCUUGCAAUUACUAAAAUUGGAUCCCGAAUAGACAUGCUUGCGGAUGACUAGCAAUUUAGAAGUAAAAUCUUCACAUCCAGAAUUCAUCAAAAUAGUAUUUAAUGCUGUUUUAUCCGAAAAUGCUUAGGUUUUGUAAGUCGUCACAUGUAAAUACACGGAACGAACAAGGGAAUUAGACAAUUCUACAAGCAUUUUAAAUAUCAACGCAAAGUGCUAUCAGAUAUAUGAUAUAAUAUAUUCAUGUAGCAUAUCUCAAAGACAUUUAUAAGCCAUAAAAAUAAGCCAUGGGCAAAGCAAUCUUACAAGUUAUAAGCAGGGUUCAUCUUUAAGCAUUGGAACCAGUGAUUACUUGGAAAGCUUUAUCAACGCUGUCAAGAGGGGAUAUUUCAAUUUCCUUAACAAGACACUUUCCUGUACCCUUUUCGAAGAUCCAAUGGCUACGGAACAAUUUUCCAUCCGGUUUCUUAGCACCAAGACGUUCAAUUAAAACACCUUCUGGAUCAGAGAGCAAGUCGUAAGGAAAGUUUUGCUUUGUUUGAAAACUCUUUUGAGACUUACAAGAAUCAAAGGACAGACCGAAUACUUCAUAAUCAGCGGCCUGAAUCUGAGGAUAAUUGUCACGAAAUCCACAACCUUGCUUAGUACAUCCUGGUGUACUGGCCUUCGGAUAUGCAAAGAUGACAAUCCCGCGUGAUUUUGCCAGUUCUGAAAGACUUACUGGAAUCUCGUCCUGGUUCAGAAGAGUAAGAUCGGGGAUGAAAUCACCUACAUUAAUGACCUUAUUAGAAUCCUGUUCUUUUUCUUUUAUAGGCUCAGAUCCGACAGCAUCCUUUGUAUUCAGCCGUGUAGAGCGUCUUGGGGUAGACGAAGUGUACUCAGUCAUUGCUCUCAAAUAGAAAUGUGAUGGUGUACUCGUUAAAAAGCCAAGGAGAAUAGAAUAUUGUUAGAAACCAGCUGUCGGUAGGCAAUCCGUCGGAUUGAUUUCUCUGAAAUGUCAAUUGAAAGACUAGCGAUCCUUUAAGAAAGUAAUGUUAACAGUCACUCAAUUUUUCAUAAAAUCUUUAAAAGACAAACCUUUGAUACUGGCUAAAGUAGUAGUCUGUUUGUUAAAGGAUAGCUUUUAAGCCGUACAUUUUAAAUCCGCCAUCACGGUAAAAGGAACAUCGAUAUCAAAUACUGUAAAACAUACAGCAGUUUGCUAAAAUUAGUCAAGUGAAAUAUAUAA